GUCUCGAAUAACAAAAAACAAAAAAGAAAGAAAGAAACAAGGUCUUGCUGUUUCAGCCUUGAUUGGUCUGGAAUUUACUGAGCAGGCUAGCUCCUAGCUUGCACUAUUUUCCCGACUCUGUCUCCUGAGUGCUGGGAUUACAGAUGAGUGCCACCGGUUUUGUUGUUACUGUUGUUGUUUGGAGACCUGGUUCAAAGUAGCCCAGACCCUUCAGCUCCAUGCCCCAGACCCAUGCCUCAGAGCUGGGAUGACAGGAGUGGCCUCAAGCACCGUUCCUUUAAUGCAGGUAAAUUCCAGAAGACCCCUGGCGUUGGUGGGCAGCCAACAGGAAGAGGCCUAGAGUUGUAAUCUGUAUGAUGCAUAUAAAAGUCCCAGCAAUUACAGCACUGACAAUUUGACCAUUAAGAGAAGACUAAUUGAACAAGUGACCCUCACAAAGACGUCUGCAAUGACGAAUCCUUGAACCGGAAGGAGCGUGGGAGGACAGAAAGGUCUCUGGUGGAAGAGAGAGUUGGGGGGCAGGGGUUCCAGCCUGGUCUGGAGAUUGAAGAUCUCAGAAAGCCUCCAAGCAAGGUUCUGUAACGCCUGCCACUUGCCAUCUGAACUCGGCUGACCAGGGAGAAACCUUUCUGCCACGUAACUCUGCUCCACUCCGCUUCUGACUUGGGAAGGGGUCAGUCAAGAAAGCAUCCAUGUCCUUAUUGACCUACACGCCCUUUCCUCCACUGAUCCGGGCAGGGAGCGGGAUGCGGGGCUAGGGCUGGGAAUUUCCGGGCUUAAGAGAGGACUAUGCAGUGCAGGGACAGUCACGUCCCUCUUGGGGUCGCGGGGGAAGGCCAAGCAGGCAUCUCCAAGGAUUCUUCACUCCAACACGCACGCAGGCACAUAUAUGCUCGCACACGCACAAACACCUCGUAACUACCAGGCCUGCGGCACCCAGCACCCCGACACUUGGCCGCUCGCCCCGCCCUCGGCACUCCCCGGGCCCCGCCUCCGAGGCUCUCCCUCCCACUCUCACACUGCUUUAUAAAAUGGGGCGUUGGGUGCAACCGGGAAAAGCUGUUCGGCUGGGAACUCCAGGCCUUCUCUUCUUCAUCGGAGCAAGUCUAAGCCGGCAGCCACAGAACUCCAGCUAGUGAGUCUCGAACCCCUGCAUUCCUGAGUCCUAGCGUCGCCGCACCCAAGACCACCCCCCGGGAAUCAUGCGCUGCGCUCCGACCGCAAGCGCAGCCCUGGUGCUGUGUGCAGCUACCGCUGGGCUGCUGAGCGUGCAGGGCCGCCCUGCACAACCCGAGCCGCCGCGCUUCGCGUCCUGGGACGAGAUGAACUUGCUGGCUCAUGGACUGCUGCAACUGGGCCACGGGCUGCGCGAACAUGUGGAGCGCACCCGUGGGCAGCUAGGCGCACUGGAACGCCGCUUGGCUGCGUGCGGUAAUGCUUGUCAGGGACUCCAGGGCAAAGAUGUACCUUCCAAAGACCCAGAAGGCAGAGUCCCUGACAGCGAGGCGGCUCCUGAGACUCUGCAGAGUUUGCAGACACAGCUCAAGGCUCAGAACAGCAAGAUCCAGCAACUGUUUCAGAAGGUGGCCCAGCAGCAGAAACACCUAGCGAAGCAGAAUCUGAGAAUACAAAAUCUUCAAAGCCAGAUUGACCUCCUGGCCCCCACACACCUAGACAAUGCGGUGGCCAAGACAUCGAGAGGAAAGAGGCUUCCCAAGAUGACCCAGCUCAAUGGCCUGACUCCCAAUGCCACCGGCUUGCACAGACCUCCCAGAGACUGCCAGGAACUCUUCCAAGAAGGGGAGCGGCACAGUGGACUUUUCCAGAUCCAGCCUCAGGGAUCCGCUCCAUUUUUGGUCAACUGUGAGAUGACAUCAGAUGGAGGUUGGACAGUGAUUCAGAGACGCCUAAACGGCUCUGUGGACUUCAAUCAGUCCUGGGAAGCAUACAAGGAUGGCUUCGGAGAUCCCCAAGGCGAGUUCUGGCUGGGCCUGGAGAAGAUGCACAGCAUCACGGGAGACCGAGGCAGCCAGCUGGCUGUGCAGCUCCAGGACUGGGAUGGCAAUGCCAAAUUGCUCCAGUUUCCCAUCCACCUGGGGGGCGAGGACACAGCAUACAGCCUGCAGCUCACAGAGCCCACAGCCAGUGAGCUGGGUGCCACCAAUGUCUCCCCCAGUGGCCUUUCCUUGCCCUUUUCUACCUGGGACCAGGACCACGACCUCCGAGGGGACCUCAACUGUGCCAAGAGUCUCUCUGGUGGCUGGUGGUUCGGCACCUGCAGCCACUCCAACCUCAAUGGACAGUAUUUCCACUCCAUACCACGGCAACGGCAGCAACGUAAAAAGGGCAUCUUCUGGAAAACGUGGAAGGGCCGCUAUUACCCACUUCAGGCUACCACCCUGCUGAUCCAGCCCAUGGAGGCUACAGCAGCCUCUUAGCCUCCUCUCUGGAGUCUGGUCCCAGACUGAAGAGGACAGUGACUUUGGUUGUGGCCUUAUGAUAGGGUCACUCUCUGCUGAGGACAGGAGCUCCAAGUGGGGUUACCUGGAGUCUCGUGGACAGAGAAGAAGCCCAUUACUGGAGCAACUGGAGGACCCCUUUUCUGUGUUGGGGGUCUGCAGAUAUUGUCUGGACUAUUCAGAACAACAAGAAACAAAUGGCCCAGACCCGGGAAGCAUGAGCUCAAGGGGCAUUGAGUCUCACUUCUUGCCUGUCAGAGAAGUCGGGAAUGCAGAGGGACCACUCAGGUCAAACUUGCUGGGCCCUUAAUGGUGGACUCAGUCAUAUUGACUGGCUGGGAGACAGGGUUCCCAGGAGCCCUGGAUACACUCAUGGUGCUGUUGUGGGUGCUGUGGAUGAAUGGGUGCCAACUGUGGUUACCGGGCACAGCUCACAGCAUUCUUGGAAUAAAAACAACCUCAGAACA